AUGGCAGUACAGACAGGUCUCGAUUAUAUGCGUUCGCGCACGUUGGUUGACUGUGACACUAUGGAUGAUGAGGGUUGUUGCGAGAGCCCUGGGACCAUUCCAGGACUGUACUUCCAACCAAGUGAGCACAUGGAUAUGCGAGGGAAGCAGAGGAUGGAGCUAACUGCACAGGCUAUUGCACUCGGUGAACUUUCGAAGCCAGGACGGGCUGGAAUCAUUGCGGCGUCGCGGGCAGAUGCGAUGACAUUGCAUCCGAAGUACUCGUCUAUCAGUCUCGAAGAAUUGGCUGCCGAGAUUGCGAUGAUUAGAUUGGGUAUAGGAAUGGCAAAACACAUUCGUGGCCGUGUCCAUGUGCAGGUUAAUCCUUACUACUCCUACUCCUCGGAGAAGAUUAUUGUCAAUGCACUUCGCAUCGUGCAAUUGUUUCAGUAUGUCCAGCCCGGCUUCGACGUCACUCGCAUUUCUAUCAAAAUUCCGAGUACAUGGGAAGGAAUGAUGGCCUGCCGUACCCUUGAAUUAGCCGGUGUGCGUACUUUGGCGACCACUCUGUUCAGCAUGGCUCAAGCUGUACUCGCGGCCGAGGUCGGCUGUACUUAUCUUGCACCCUAUGUGAAUGAAUUGAAGGUGCACGUGGAAGCAGGUCAUGUGGAUAAUGCGAAGUUGCUCCCACUUUGCGCUGCAAUUCAGAAAUACUACAAGUCCAUCAAUUCGUCCACUAAAGUCCUCCCCGCCAGCUUGACUUCCGUCGAGGAGAUCUUCUUCCUCGCUGGGGUGGAUCAUCUCACUAUUGGUCCAGGUCUGUUGACACAAUUGACUCAGCCUUAUGCAGGAAAUGUCAAGUCGCUAUUUGAUAUUGCGCCAACACUUCCAAUUCCAGCGCGGGGCGUUUCUUUCAUUAACGAUCCUGGAAGCUACCAGAUUACCUUUGCCCGGGACUUGGGUGGUGCUAGUCAGAACAAACUGACUGAGGCUGUAAACAUCUUUUGUGAUGCCCAGGACAAGUUGGAGCUACUUAUGAAGACAGCUGCCUGA